CUCACGGCAUCCCUGCAGCUGGAUUCGGCCGUCGCUUAUCCACAUCAGUCUGCGUCAAGUUCCAACGGUCGGGAAACAACUUUACAUCCUUCCACUUCGAACGCCAGCAACACCAUUCUAGGCUCACAUACUCUCAACCCUUUGGAGUAUGUGAAGCACCGCUCGUCGCCACGCUGCAGGAUUCUCUCCGACACCAAUGAGGCCAACGAGCUAUGGUAGAUGAUGCCGCGCCAGAGACCCUGCCAGGCCGAUCGAUCCCUCUCGAGGAUGAACAACAGGAUGGCAGAGGGUUUCCGGAGUCGUCGCAGCAAUUCGACGACCCGGAUGCGAGGGGCAGUAGAAGGAGGCGACGAAGAAAACACCGGAAGAUCAAUCCGGGCCUGGCAAGGAAGUUCGACUUCAUGACCCAACUACUACGAAACCUGGACGCUCUUGUCUAUGCGGAGCUUUGCGCUCUAUACUACAUGGAAUGCUCCAUCUUUCGUUUUGCGGUCCGUGUUUAUGGGCAACAUCAUUGGCUGACGCCCAAGCCCGACGACUACCCGUUGACUAUGGAGGCGGCCCGGUCGCAGGUCAUAUCGGUGUUUGUCCCGAACCUCCUCUGUAUUAUCCUGCACAUCUUUACAUCACUGCCCACAGCUGGCGAAGCUACUCGCGGGUAUCUCCAUGGAGGUGUCAUUGUCGACUUCAUCGGACAAAAGCCACCGACCUCUCGGCUUACGUUUCUGGCGUUUGAUUGCAUCAUACUAGCCAUCCAGUGUUUGAUGCUGGCGAUCCAUUCCGAACGAGAGAAACUGCGUCCCAUUGUCCGGCCCAUACUCUUUCGGCUACCUCCGGCAAUACAAGAGACAAUCGCGGCAGCAUCAACCCAAGACCACGAUGCUGAGGAACGAGGGGUCCUGAGGGACUCUCCUGACUUGGAAGCUGAAGGCGCCAACGGCAUAGAGCUGCAGCCUUUACGGCCCAACGGCGAUGGCGACCAGGGAUACGAUGCUGAGCGAAGCCGGUCCUUGCGAAGUCGCUCGUCCCUUCACGCAGCAGGUGGAAUGCAUCUGUUCGAUGUUCUCAGUUCGGGGAAUGGCGUGGUGGGAGAAUUCCACAUAUCUCACACCAUUAGACAUGCCACGACAGAUUAUUGGGGGGCGGCAGGUCAUUCGCUCCAAACGUUGGGUUACACGGCGGCAUUGACGAGGCUUUCAGCAAUGAGGAGGAUGCCUCAAUUAGAGCGCAAUCAGAGGAACCAGAGGUAGUGCGGGUGAUAGUACGAUAUCCAAUAGCGACUGAACUUCAAUGCAUAGUCUGGUA